CUAUAUAAGUCCAGCACAGUACCUGUGGUUCCUCCUUUCGGACCAAGUCGUAGGAGUAACCGCAACUCUACUGGCAAUUACAACGUGAAUGUGCGAGUGUAUAGUGCAACGUUGAGCUUAAACCAAAACCCCCACUCUCCCCUAAAAAUGGACAAGAAUCGACUCAGUCACCAUACACACGUUGAUAAAUAUACCUACUUGGAUGUGUCACGAGCCAGUCCUGAACAACCCGCUCACGCUGAGGUCGUCGAAUCCGAUUUAUUGAAGGCAUACCGCACAUGGCAAGGCCUGAGUACCUACUUUGCGUGA